AUGGAACAGACAGAGGAAGGAACCCUCGGAGAAGAAAAGAUAAAAGAAAGGAAAGAGAGGAAAAAAGUAAAGAAAAUCGGGCAGUUGGAUUUCAAUUUCAAUUUCAUUAAUUCAUUCAUAAAGUGUCUUUUUUCCCAAAUAAGGCACGAGCACAAAUUGAACACAAAUCUGGGUUCUAAACCCCAGCCUGUGGAUGGACAAAACGACAAGCAGUGGUUAAGGAAAGCUUCAGCACCGUGCCCAAGAAGAUUCACACCGUCAAUAAUGAUGAGCUUCAAAUCGGCGACGGAUAGAGCAGAGGAUGUCGGCCAGAUCUUCCUUGCAGAUCGGGAGUUAGAUUUUGAGAAAAUGGAAAUAGAAGGUGGAUUUUGUAUUCGGUAAAAUAUAUGUAUGUUGGGAAAGUGUUAACAUAUAAUAUGUUA